AUGAACAAUCUCACAGACCUCAAGCUCUCCAUCGUCGAAGAGACAGGUGUUGCAACGAUCCAGUUCAACAGACCUGCAAAGCGCAAUGCCUUUGCUCAGAAGACCAUCGAUGAGAUCGUGGCUACUUUGGCCUACCUCGACUCGGUGGAGUCUGUGCGUGUCGUGGUUCUGACUGGUGGACCAGAGGGCCAUUUCUGCGCGGGGAUGGAUCUCAAUGAGCUGGUUGAGCUGUCUACUUCCAAGGCACACCAGAUCGCCUUUCUCAAGGAUUUGACUGAUGCGCUUGAUCGAUUCACCAAGCCGAUCAUUGCAGCCGUUGUAGGCUAUGCUUUGGGUGGUGGGUUCGAGAUUUCUCUUGCUUGCGACAUCAUCUACGCCGCCGAAGAUGCCAUGUUUGGUCUCCCCGAGGUCAAGAUUGGAACGAUCCCUGGAGCUGGGGGUACACAGCGUCUGGCACGUGCCCUGGGCAAGCACAAGGCCAUGGAAUUCGUACUGACAGGCGAACCUGCCAGCGGUGCAGAGUUUGAGCGUCUUGGAGUUGUUACCAAGGUGUUCCCCAAGGCAGAUGUUUUGCCUGCCGCUACUGCUCUAGCUGAAAAGAUCGCUAGACUUUCGGGCCCGGUUAUCAAAACGGCUAAGCAAGCUGUUUUGACAGUGGAAAACAGUACCCUUAGUGCUGGGAUGACCCAUGAGAAGGCGCUUUACUACUCUACUUUUGGCCUGAAUGAUUUCCAGGAGGGUAUCCAGUCCUUCCUCCAAAAGAGAGCACCUACGUUCAAGCACUCUUAA